CUUUUGCUCAGAGUCCCCAUUGAAUGCCCCUAUGACCUUUUUGACUCUUUCACUAAUCUUAUAAAGAAAACCUUAGCCCUUACACAGUGUGCAACUUAUCUCUCUGCUUUUUCCAAGAAGAGAAGAAAAAAGUUGGAAUCCACGAACAAGGCAAAAAGAGUUGGUAACUGAAUAGAGUUGUGUUGAAAUUAUGGGUAGACUCCCUUGCUGUGAUAAAGUAGGGGUGAAGAAAGGACCAUGGACUCCUGAAGAAGAUAUAAUGUUGGUCUCUUAUGUGCAAGAACAUGGUCCAGGGAAUUGGAGGGCAGUUCCCACUAAAACAGGAUUGCGCAGGUGUAGCAAGAGCUGCAGAUUAAGAUGGACAAACUACCUGAGGCCAGGGAUAAAAAGGGGUAACUUCACAGAUCAAGAAGAGAAAACGAUUAUCCAGCUCCAAGCUCUUUUUGGAAACAAAUGGGCUGCAAUAGCUUCAUAUCUGCCGGAGAGAACAGACAACGACAUAAAAAACUAUUGGAAUACUCAUCUAAAGAAAAAGCUGAAAAAGUUUCAAUUAGAUCAAUGCUCUGGAUCAGAUGAUCAUCUAUUCUAUGUAGAAAAUGGUCUUACUCAUUUAUCAUCAUCAAAUUCAAGGGGGCAAUGGGAAAGGACACUUCAAACUGAUAUAAACAUGGCCAAAAAGGCUUUACAUAAUGCCUUGUCACUUGAAAACUCAACAAGCCCACUCAUUAAUAUUAAACAAGAAAAUCCACAAGUUUCUUCUUCUACCUAUGCAUCAAGUACUGAAAAUAUAUCUAGAUUGCUACAAGGAUGGAUGAGAUCAUCAACUUCUGAGAAUUCAAAAACUUCAUCUAACAACAUUGCAACAACUGAUUCAUCUUCAUGUGAUGGGACACCAAAUGCUGAAAGCAAAGGUGGAAUGGGGUUAAUGGAAGCCUUCGAAUCACUUUUUGGUUUAGAGUCAUUUGAAUCAUCAAGUUCAGAUGAGUUCUCUCAAACAACAUCCCCCCAGGCUGAAGCUACGAAAGUUGAAAUCAAGAAGGAAGAAAAUGAAAAUGUGGAAGCACCAGCUGUGCCACUGUCCAUCAUAUUAGAGAAUUGGCUACUUGAUGAAAAUACCCUCAAUAUUCAAGCCAAAGAUGACUUGACUACCUUCUCCUUUGAUGAAAUUGCUCCCCUUUUCUAGGAAAAAAAAAAGGUAGCUCGAUGCACUAAAGUUUUAUUAUAUUGCGCGGGGUCUGGAGAAGGGCUUGACCCUUUUCUAGAAGAAUUUUUAAUUAGAUUCUUUUGAGGGAUUAAUUCUGGAAAAAUUGAAUGUUUGACCUCUCUUUUUUUUGCACGAUACUUCAAGAAUAGCUAGCUGUGGCAGCAUCCCCAUUUUGUUUUAUUUGAUGUGGCGAUUUUAACAAGUCAUGUACAUUUAAGCCAUUGUUAUAUUGACUAGCUCAGCCUAGACUUCUGGAGUUGUUUUUACCAUGACUAAGUUGUAUUGUUUUCGAAUUUCAUUUCAAUAGAUUUAACUCAUGAUAAUUUUUAUUUGA